CCAUUCGACUGCACAUACCAACCUUAAUCUAUUUAUUAUAUUCUUCUUGAAUAGUGGAUACAUACACUAUUAGAUUCUUCCUUCAAACACUGGUAGAGAGGUCCUCAACUCUCGGAACGUCUAAUCAAUGACGGUCUUUCUUGUCUCGCUGUUCCUCCCCUAUACGAUUGACUUCCGCGCCACAGAAUACAGGCAUCGCCGGAAGUCAUCUACGAGCUAUUCUCAUUCAGAUGACCGGAUCGUAGGACGGCUAGCUGAAGCGCGACGGAGACGUCACUCGAGGGGUUACAGCUUAUCGCUUACCCCCGGCGCUACAACGGAAGAUGAGAAGAUCUUCAAACCUUACAUCUCGCGUGCUGCAGGCGAGAUUGCUUCCGCGGAUGACCCCUACGGCCCGGGGCCCAGCGAACCUCGCGUUGUUUCCUGGGGUCAGAGUCGCAAAUUCAACCAGCCUCGUUCCAAGGCUACUGGUCCCCCUGAGCCGUCGAUCCUGAGCCGUCCAAACCCAGGGGACGGGUAUGACGAGCCAUUAUACGUUGAUGGAGUCCUAGAGACACCAGAUUCGGAAGAGGACCCUGGAAGUCCGCGCGCAUUACUUUGUGGCCAGGACUGGGUUGUCAAAUCAGCUGAACAGGGCAAUGGCGGUAUGCGAAAUGCUGUCAAUGCCGCUGAAAGAGCAGGCAUUCUGUCGGACAAGAUGUGGGUAGGCACUCUGGGUAUGCCAACCGACUCUUUGAAAGAUGAAACACGCGCCAGAAUCGGAGAGACGCUCGAGGAUAACUACAACUCCCUCACAGUCUUUGUCGGCGAUGAGGAGUUUGAAGGGCACUACUCGCACUUUUGUCGCGCAGUCCUUUGGCCAGCUUUCCAUUAUCAGAUGCAGGAAAGCCCCCGGCACACCCAGUACGACGACUACUCCUGGAAGCAAUACGUGAAAGUAAACGAAGCAUUUGCAAACACCAUCGCGUCGUGCUGGCGCCCUGGCGAUAGUAUCUGGAUUCAUGAUUAUCAUCUUUUACUCCUGCCUGCGUUGCUCCGGGAGAAGCUACCAGGCGCAGAGAUCGGCUUCUCCAUGCAUGCUGCGUUCCCCUCUUCCGAGAUCUUCAGGUGUAUCAAUGCACGAGGUGCUCUACUUAACGGUCUUCUGGGAGCUGAUCUCGUUUCUUUCCAGACAGACGAGUAUUGCUAUCACUUUCUUCAGUCAUGUAGUCGACUUCUAAGUUUGGAGGUAUCCGUCGAUGGAGUCCAACUUCCACAGCGUUUCGUCCACGUGAAACGUUUGCCUAUCGGGAUCGAUUUUCAAGCACUCGAUGAGCUACGCCAGACAGCCGAGGUGAAGGAUUGGAUUGCAAACAUAAUCUCCAGGUACAGUGGGAAACGUUUGAUCGUCGCUCGAGAUAGGCUUGAUGCACCUGGUGGUAUCAAGCAGAAGUUAUUAGCUUAUGAGCUAUUCUUGAAAAAAUACCCGAAGUGGAGAGAUAGUGUUGUCCUCGUUCAAGUCGCUUCGGCGUCAGAGCUGCCUGAAUUGGAGGCGCAAGUCUCAAAGAUUGCCAUGAGGAUAAAUUCUACUUAUUCGACAUUAACACAUCAACCUCUCGUACUCUUAAGACAAGAUAUUAGCUACUCGCAGUUUUUGGCUCUGAUGAGCGUGGCUGACAUCUUCAUGGUGACAAGCCUGAGGGAGGGCAUGAACCUUACAAGUCACGAUUACCUCCAUUGUCAAGAUGGAAAAGUUGCGUCCCAGCGCCAUGGCUCCCUCAUCCUUAGUGAAUUCACUGGGAGCGCUUCUAUAUUCGGUGGCCACGAACUACUUGUCAACCCAUGGGACUACAGAGAAGUUGCAGAUACAAUCCACAAGGCGCUUGAGAUGUCACCAGAUCAGAAACAGCGUAAUUGGGAAUAUCUGCUUGAAAAAAAGGCAUCCUGUACUGCUAUCGCGUGGUACAAGUCGUUUCAGACAGCUCUCCACAAGGCUCACAGCACGCAGUUAUCUCGUGAGCUCAGUCAAGUCUCGUCUCUCUCAGUACACAAAUUAGAGGAAUCAUACGAAAAAUCCAACUCACGGCUCUUUUUCCUCGAGGACGAUGGUGUCCUCCAAUCUGAUGACUCAAAGUCUUCCUUUGAAUUGGGCUCUCUCCUGGACCGCUUGCUCCUUGACCCGAAAAACAAAGUUUACGUGACUAGUAACAAGAGCCCAGAACAGCUUGAAUCUAGGCUUAAAGAAGUUUCCAGUCGAGUUGGACUGAUCGCCGAGAAUGGCUGCUUCGUACGUGACAUUGGACAAACUCAGUGGCGGGCGUUGGUAGACAUGGCGAAGGCCAAAGACUGGAGGAAUGGAAUUCGCAAAGUCAUCCAGUACUACCAAGAAAGGACCGAGGGAAGCCAGUUGGAAGAGCGCCGCUGCAUACUAAGCUUUUUAUAUAACCACGCUCAUGAUCCUGAAAUUGCUGCCCGACAGGCCUCCGAUCUUGCUGAUCAGAUCAAUGGCACACGUGGCAGUGAAGCCAUCCGAAUCGUUCUUACAGAUGGUGCAGUGAGCGUCGAACCCUUGGACAUUACAAAAGCCAAAGCUGCUGAAUCCGUCGUGGGCCAAUUAAGUCAAGUCCCUGACUUCCUGUUUGUAGCAGGCGGCUCCCGCGGCGAUGAAGCACUAUUCCGCUGGGCAAACCGCUUGCAAUCUGCCGGCACAGUCUCAAGCGUUACCACCCUUACCGUCGGCGUCCAUGCUACUGAGGCUAAAGCCGUGCUCCCUAGUGAUAUGAGUGUGGCAACCGUUGUAGAUGCCCUGUGUUCUCCAGUAACGCACGGUUGCCAUGAUUGCCAAAGCGAGAAUGGGCGCAAUGGACUGAAAGGGGUCAUAACCAACGGUGUCAGUGCAGCCCACUGAAAUAUCCACGCUUCUUGGAAAGCAUUCUCAAGUCCAAACUCAACCAACAAUAUCCUCAUGACCUUUUUUUUCCGGUUUCGCCUGGAACAUGUGUAAUUUCAAUCUUUCUCAUUGUUUUUCAUUAUUUGUCUAAGUCUUUGUUUCCUAAUAUAAACGAAGUCGGAAGGGAUAUAAUGGUAAUGUAUCUAGAGUAGACAGAAGAAUG